GCCCUGGGAGCGCCGGGAGGAGUUGUUUCCCUCCUGGAUGGGCAGGAAGGCGCCGGGUGCUAUUUUGGGCCACGGCUGUUCCAGAGAAGGCGGACCCCCCCCACCCAGCUGCAGCGUCCCGGGGGGGACGGGGCGGGGGCUGCUUGCCCCCCGGGGGCUCCGGGAUGGGUCCCUGAUGUGACCAGCUUGGCUGGUGCCCCUCACUCCCGACCCCCAGCCCCAGCCACAUCUGCCUCUCCCCUCGUUGCCUGCCCCGGACACCACCCCCCCGCCCCGCCCUUGGAGACCGUCUCAGCAGCCGCUCCGUCUCCCUCCUUCCCCGCUUGCUCCAGGCGCCAAGAGAGAAUUGCCGGAAAGCCCCAACCCAGGCCCAGACUCAGGCCAUGUCCUUGCUGCAGGAAGCCGCUCGCGGGGAGCUGCGGUGAAGGAUCGGGGCCCGUCUGCACCGCCUCUGUGCCCGGGGGAGCCCGACAGCGCCUGGAGAGCCGUAAGCACCGGGACCGGCCCUUGCAGAGGCGCAGAAAGCGAAGCUGCACGCGGAGCUGGUGCAAGUCCUGCAGCGCCGAGCCCAGGCCGUGUCCGCCAUGGAGCCCGCGGCUGCCGCGGCGCCUGAGCUGGUGGAAGUCAUCCUGGAGACGGAGCCCGAGGCCGGCGUGCGUGGCAUUGGCUUGUCCGGUGGCGGCAAGCAGGGGCUCUUCGUGGCCCAGCUGCUGGAGGGGUCCCCGGCCGCCAAGGCCCUGAACCUCCGCGAAGGCGACCAACUGCUGAGCGCCCGCGUGUCCUUCGAGAACGUGCGCUACGAGGACGCGCUGCGCAUCCUGCAGUGCGCCGAGCCCUACCAGGUCUCCUUCUGCCUCAAGCGCACCGUGCCCAGCGCCCACGUCGGCUCCGGCCCCGGCGGCCUCGAGCUCAAGGGCCCCAAGGCCAAGGUGGCCAAGCUGAGUGUGAAGAGCCUGGCGCCUGCCAGCAGGAAGGCAAUGGCGGCCGUGGCGGCCGUGGACGUGGCCCCCGUGGACGUGGAGUUCUCCCUGCCCAAGUUCUCGCGGCUGAGGAAGGGCAAGGGGGCGGCAGAGGCCGGCCCGGAGCCUGCGGCCACGAUGGAGCCGGCGCGCCGGAAGCUGAAGUUCCCGCGGCUGAAGGUGAAGGAGGCGGCGGGUGCGAAGGUGCCGGAGCCGGCGAGGACCAAAGCCCCAGCACCUGCCGGGCUCAAGGCGGAGGCUGAGCGCAAGGAGCCCCCUAAGUUCAAGGCCCCCCAGGUGGAGCUGGGCCUGCCUGGAGCCCCCGGCCUCGCCGCGGCCCUGCCCGAGCCGGAGGGUGCCGAGAAGCAGCUGAAGGUGCCGCAGCUGGAGCUGGCGCUGCCCAAGGCCGAGGUGCCGGAGCCGGUGCCAGAGCACAGAGCCGGCCUCGCACUGCCGGCCGUGGACGUGGCGCUGCCCAGCGUGGACGUGGCCCUGAAGCUGCCCAAGGCCGAGGUGCCCCCGCCCGCCGCCGGCGCCUUCCGGAUCCAGCUGCCCAAGCUCGGCCUUGCUGCAGAGACGGAGGUGCCGGAGGGCCAGGGACGGGCGCCGGGGCUCCAGGCACCCAAGGUGGAGCUGGCCCUGCCCGCCGGCAAGGUGCUGGAGCCUGAGGGGCCGCCCAAGCCAGGGCUGGCGCUGCCCUCCCUCGCUGUCGGCGUGCGGCCAGUGGACGUGGAGCUGCCCUUGCCCAAGGGCAAGGUGGAGCCGGCGCCGGAGCCGGCCAAGCUGGAGUUCCCGGACGUCACGGUGCAGGUGCCCAAGCUGGGCCUGCCCCAGCUGGGCGGCAGGGCGCAGGAGGGGGCGGCGGAGCGGGAGAGCCCCAAGCUCAAGGCCAAGGGCCCCAAGAUCAAGCUGCCGAGCUUCGGGCUCUCGCUGCGGGAGCCCAAGGCCGAGGCAGAGCCCGGCGCCGCGGAGGGCAAGGCCCGGCUCCCUGCCCUCAAGAUGCCAUCCAUCGACAUCGUGGUGCCCAGAGCAGCAGACGUGGAGCUGCCGCCCGCACCCGACGUGCGCCUGCCCACGGCCAAGCUGGAGAUGCCGGGCCCCGAGGUCAAGUUCAAGCUGCCGCAGGUCUCGCUGCCCAAGCUGGAGCUGGCGGGGAAGGUGGAGCUGGAGCCCGAGCCCGAGCCCGGGGCGCUGGAGCUGCUGGCCGGGAAGAUUGGUAUGCCCAAGCUGGACCUCUCGGUGCCGGGGCUGCAGCCGGUUGGCGUGGAGCUGCCCGCGGCGCCCGAGCUGGGCAUUGCGGUGCCGGAGCCCAGGGUGGAGGUGGCGCUGCGCUCGGCGAAGGGGCCGGAGCGGGCGGUGGAGGUGGCUCCAGCCCGGCUGAGCUUCCCCUCGGUGAAGGUGCCUUCCCUGGAGAUUGACCUGCCCCACGUCGCCGGCGUUGAGUACAGGGAAGCUGUGGUGCCGGAGCCGCCAAGCCUGCCGCUGCGAGUGCCCAAGGUGGACCUGGCCCUGGGGAGGGAGACGGCGGAGGUCGAGGGCCCUGACGCCAGCGUCCAGCUCCCAGCCGUGAAGCUGCCGGCGGUGGAGAUCGCGGCGCCCACGUUGCCCGGCUUGGACAUCGAGCCUGGGGUACCUGAGGCCAAGCCCAAGUCUCCCAAGUUCUCCCUGCCCAAAUUCCCCCGCGGCAGGAAGGAGCCAGAGCCGGAACCGGAGCCGGGCGCCAAGGGGGCCAAGCUGAAAAUGCCGAAAUUGGGGCUGUCCUUCUCCAAGGCGAAGCCGGGGACCGAAGGCGACGGAGGGAGCCUGGAGCUGGAGGGGAAGGCAGGGGCCAAGCUGCCGGGGGUCGAGAUUGCGGCGCCCUGUGCGGACGUGGCCGUCGGGCUGCCGGGAUCCAGGGGGGCCGUGCCUGACGCCAGCCUUGAGGCACCCGACGGGAAGCUGAAGAUGCCCAAGAUUUCCCUGCCCAAGUUCGGGGGCAAGGGCAGGGAUGGGGAGCUGGAGCCCGAGCCGGAGGAGCCGGGCCGGGAGGCCAAGCUGAAGAUGCCCAAGUUCAAGAUGCCGUCGUUUGCCGGCAAGCGGGACGCCGAGGGUGCCGGUGCCGCCACCCCAGAGCCGGAGGGGAGGCUCCUCAAGGGGGAGGCUGGGAGCGGCAGCUCCUUCCUGAAGAUGCCGAAGCUCACGGUGUCCGCAGGCAAGGCCGAGCCGGGCGCUGACGUCCAGCUCCGGGGCUCCAAGGGCGACCUCCGCUCGCGCGGCCCCGAGCUGGAGGUCCGGCUGCCCCAGGUGGAGCUGCCCAAGCUCGGGGCUCAGGAAGCGGCGGGCACAGGGAGCCCCGGCGCGGGGCGGAGGCCAGUGUUGGGCGCCCGAGGCGGGGAGGCGGAGGUGUCGGAGCCGGCGCUGCGGCUGUGCGGGGCCGAGCUGCAGCUCCCCAAGGUGCCGUCCCUUGGCGUUGCGGCGCCUGCGCUGGACCUGGCGCUCGGCCUCGCCGCGCCGGCGCCGGAGCUCGCCGCGGAGCAGGGGGGCGCCCAGAUCCAGCUGCCCCAGGUAGAGCUGGCGCGGCUCGGGGCCACGAGGGACGUGGGUACCGAGGGCAGGGGGCAGGCAGAGGAGGCCGCGGGCGCCUUCAAGCUGCCCUCGGUCGGGCUGCCCCAGCUCUCCGGCCCCAAGGGCAAGGCGCCGGAGCCACCGCAGCUGGAAGCGAGCGGCCCCAAGAUCAAGCUGCCCAAAUUUGGGGGCUCCAGCGGCGAUGUGCGGGGGGAGCCCGAGGCCUCACGGCUGGAGCUGGAGCUGAAGCCGCCCCGGCUCUGCGGCAGCCUGGAGGUGCUGGGCCCCACGGGCGAGGGGCAGGACGACGGCCCCGGCUUCAAGCUGAGGAUGCCGUCGUUCGGCGGCGCCGGAGCCGGCGCAGACACACAGCCCCUAUGCGGCGCCGAGCUCCGGGGCCGGGCGCCGCAGGUCGCUUUCCCGGAUGUGGGGUUCAGCAUGGCGGCACGGGGCGAGGACGCGGGAGGUCGGGGCCGCGGAGGGGCCGAGACGGAGGCCAAGGGUGCCCGGUUCCAGGUGCCCGAGCUGGAGCUGUCGGCCCCGGGCGCUGCGGUGCAGACGGCGCCCGGAGCCGCGGGGAAGGGAGACGCCGCGGACGGGGAGGCGGGCAGGAGGGCGAAAGUGAAGCUGCCCAAGUUUGGGCUGGCCCUGACCAAGGGGGCACCGGAGGUGGGCGAGGAGGCCAAGGUCAAGGGCAGGAAGGGCACGUUCACGCUGGGCAAGGCUAGGGAGGCCGAGGCGGCCUCGGGGCUCCUGGAAGGGGACGCCGACGCCGGGGACGGCCGGGCCAAGGGGCUGCGGCUCAAGCUGACGCCUGGCUUCGGGCUGUCGCUCGCCAAGGCCAAGGCCGCGGCCGAGGUGAACGGGCUGGAGGCCGACGCGGACAAGGGCGCCCGGCUGCGGCUGCCCAAGCUGGGCUUCUCCAAGGGCGAGGGGCCGGGCCUCCCCGACGGCGCGCGCCUGGGCCGGGUCAAGCUGCCCCGCGUGGAGCUGGCGGGCCCGCGCCGCCCGGGGGAGCCCGACGCCGAGAUGAGCCUGGAGCUGGUGCAGGCCGAGGAGGCGGAGGGGGCUCCCGGCGGCGCCCGCGCCGGCUCCAAGCUGGCGCUGGCCUUGUCCGGCUUGCGCAAGAAGGACGGGGACGGCGCCCGCGCCGAGAUGGCGGAGCCGGGCGCCGAGGCCGAGAAGGGCGCCCGCUUCAAGCUGCCCAAGCUGGCGCUGAGCCCCAAGGCCCGGGGGGUGCUGGAGAUCGGCGCGGCGCCACGGCAGGAGGAAGGAGAGCCGGGGGCGCCGGAGGGGCUCCAGGUCCGGCUGCCCAAGCUGGGCUUCUCGGCACCGGCAGCAGAGGAGGGACAUGUCGCGGCGGCUGUCUGAGGCAGGGGGGACACGGAGAGACCCCGACCCUGAGCCCGUGGACCCCUGUACUAACAACACCCUGAGCCCCCAGCUCCUGGCGACGCUCCCCCUGCCCCUUUUGGGGGUGACGAUUGGCUUCUGUCUUGGGCAAAGCCCCCAGGGUGUGGGUGGGAGCCGAGCGGUGGCUCAGGCACCCGUCGGCUCUGCCAAACAUUGAUCCCCCUUUUUCUCCCCCCACUGCCACUAACCACGUCGCCGGAGCCUAACCCGAGCGCUUGGAGAAGACACGGGGCCUGGAAGAUGGGGAGGGGGGUGGGGGGGACAUGCCCAAGGCUGCGGGGGAUGCAGUGGCAGAGGUGGGCAUAGCAGCCAGGUGCCUGGGGUCCGGCUUGCGAGGGAGGGGGUGGGGGGGAUCGGGGCUGCUUCUGCCUGGCUCGCCGCUGGCCUGCGCCUGCUGUGGGCGCCCGAGACCCCGGCCCAGCCGGGCAUUAAAGGACCAGCAUCUGCUUC